AUGAUGUGGAAUUUGCUAUUAAUCAAUUCUAUUGUCAUUCUCUUCAUACUUGCCAGUGAUCUAAGUGCUCUAUGUCCCGAUGGUUGUCCAUGUUACGAUGAUAGUCGAUGCCAAUAUUAUUGCAAGGAUGGUGAAUGUCAACCACAGAAAUACGAAGGUUAUUCCUGUUCAGGUAUGGAUAUUCAUCCGAGAGAAUGUGGUUCAGUAAGCUAUUGUGAUAAGGAUCGUGGUUAUACCUGCCGAUUUCAAAGAAGUGAAAAUGGAGAUUGUGACUAUGACUACAUGUGUUGGUCGCACCUGUAUUGCGAUAAAAAAUCAAAAACAUGUAAAUAUAGAUAUGGGACCGGAUUCGUUUUGUCUAUUAUUUUACCUAUACUUGGCGGUAUCCUACUUAUUAGUUUCAUCAUUUUUUUCGUUCAACAAUAUUAUAGACGUAAAAGACUUCGACAAUCUGCUUUUGCUGGACAGCCCGGUCUCAAUCAACCGUAUGCUGUUUAUAAUCAUAAUCAGACAAUGAUGCCAAUGGCACCGACGUACGGUGAAACUGCACCACCACCGUAUACUUAUCCUCAACAACCACCCAGGCAAAAAAGUUAA